UCUUCCCCAAGAGGACUGCAACAAUUGCUGAUAUCCGAUCGGGAAAAUUUGAUAUCCGAUCACUAGACUUCGAUAUUAUGAUGCUUUGAUACAUAACCGACACAGAUCUCUUGCUGAGCUCAAAGUAUCGUCACAAAAAGCGACGAUUGCGUUUUCCAUGCUGAUAUUAGCGUUCUAGAUGCAAUCUUGUUUCAAAAUCAUAUCAGUUUCCUACAGCCUUUGGCAGAUUCGAUUUGGCUCCGAUGAAAGGGAUGCUAAAUAUAGAAAACGCUGUUUGUGAGCAGUGAACUGGUGAGAAACCGUUAACAUGGUCCCAAGUUAUGCAAUCGAUCAUCGCAAGUUGUUGCAACCUUGCCUCAGUUUCCGAAGAAUAAACCUGAGAUUUCUCUCGGUCAUUAGAGCAUUAGAGCUUUCGAUCGUUCAGUAGAGUGCGUGCAGCGCUACAUGGAUGCGACAAUGUGAGAACGUCACAGUAGCCUCCACUUCCUCCACAACAUCAGAAACCAUCAGGUCCGCCGAGCUUGGACUUCUCAAACGAAGACACCGUGAGGAGUUUUUUUUUUUUUUUUUUUUUUUUUUCUGUUUUUUUUUUGUAGUCACAAUAUGGAAGUAUCCACUGGCAAUGUUCUCGAAGAACAGGAGCUUAGCCCGCCGUGCCAGACAUUGUUGAGCUUGGAAGAGCCGAAGCGACGCGCGAAACCUAGUGAAACCUCAAUUGGCACGAGAGAUGUUAUAGUGUGGUGGGACAUUGAGACCUGCUCUUUUUCUCCUCUCGAAGCUUCACCACCGAGCGGCGCAGCCGUCCAGGCACACAGAUUAUUACGAGAGCUCCAGAGUCACCUGAAUUGCGACCAAAUUCGCGUCACGGUGAACGUCUACGGAAACGGCGGGCCAGGCUCGAAGUCAGGGCUGGACACUCUCAUCGCCAGCGGCAUCAUUUUACAGCACCGCAUCUUGCCGUGCAAGCUCCCAGGAUCGGAGACAGCAGUACUGAAGACCAUGAUCGUGGACAUAGCUCUGUGGGCGAUCAGCAACCCAGCACCCUCGAAUGUUUUUCUAAUCUCCGCCACCCGCGACACGACCUUCCGAGACCUCGUCAGCGGCUUACACUCCAAAGGCUACAACAUCUUCCUGGCCACGAAAUUCUUCUGGCAAGACGCGGCACCCGACGCAGCAGGGUGCGGCGGGGGGAGUGGCUUCAACCCCAUGCCGCGCCACUGGAGUGUGUCCAAGCAGCUCUUUGUAGUGCGAUCGGCGCCGUCGUCUCGCCUCGAAUCUGCUGACACCCCUUCCCCGUCGAGUCUUCUCCCAGGCAAUUUCCAGAAUCUCCAUGUCAGCUGAAACCGAUCGCGAGGCUUCUGCAACAACGAAGACGGCGAAGGGGUUGUCUCGGCCUGCCGAGCUUCACUGCAACAACGCUGUCCUCGUCUUCUUCACAAAAUUAGGGUUUAGUCGCAAAGAGCUGGAAUCAUCUAUUGAAUUAGGGUUUAGUUGUUAACUGCAGCCACUCAAUCCUUACCUCUUUUUUUUUUUCUUUUUUUUUUUUUUCUCUUGUAGGUGUUUACUUCAGUACAUGAUUCUCAACAAUUUUGGCAGCUGUUGUGAAACUUCCCUCUUUCUUCUUUUUUUCUUUUUUUUUUUUUUGACAGUAAUUUCACAUACCGAACUUAUUAUUUUUAUAACCCAAUAUAUCCUUAACUUCUACUGUGCAAA